AUGGCCUCCCUCCAGGUGCCUUCACGUCACAAAGCUGUCGUGUAUGAUAAUCCUGGAAGCAUUUCGACCAAGGUCGAGGAGGUCGAGACACCCAAGCCUGGCGUCGGCGAGGUUCUGGUAAACCUAACGCACUCUGGUGUUUGUCACAGUGACAUGGGUGUCAUGAACAACGUAUGGCAAUGGCUUCCCGCACCUACACAAAAGGGCCAAGUUGGUGGUCAUGAGGGAGUGGGCACGAUUGCUGCAUUUGGUCCAGGCACCGAGAACUCCGGUCUCAAGAUUGGCGAUCGUGUAGGCAUCAAAUGGAUAGCUUCGGCUUGCGGCAAUUGCCAACCUUGCCUCGUUGGCGCUGAUGCCAUGUGCACCACGGCAAAGAUCAGUGGCUAUUAUACUCCUGGCACGUUUCAGCAGUACACUCUCGCUCCAGCUCACUAUGUUACACCUAUCCCGGACGGCGUACCGAGUGAUAUGGCCGCUCCGAUGCUCUGCGGUGGUGUCACUGUUUAUAGCGCCCUUUGCAAAUCAGGCGCUCGACCCGGAGACUGGGUCGUCAUCCCAGGAGCUGGAGGCGGUUUGGGACAUCUGGCGCUUCAGAUUGGGUCUCGAGGAAUGGGAUUUCGCAUGAUUGGGAUCGAUAUGGGCGAGAAAGAGCAGCUCGUCAAGGAGUGUGGUGCUGAGGUCUUCCUUGAUCUUGGAAAAUACUCCCGAGACGAUGAGGGAACGGCAAAACUUGUCGAGGAUGUCAAGGCUGCUACGGGAGGCGGUGGUGCUGCCGCUGUGGUGGUGUGCACUGCCAGCAAUGCGGCGUAUGCUCAGGGACUGAGCUUCCUCAGAUUUCGAGGGACUCUUGUUUGUGUAGGCGUGCCCGAGGGCAAGAUGGUCCCGAUUGCAACGGCAGACCCUGCAACUCUUCUUGCUGGGGAGAAACGCAUCGUGGGUAGCGCGGUUGGCAAUCGAAAGGACGCGCUGGAUACAUUGGAAAUGGCAGCUAGGGGGAUCGUCAAGACUCACUUCGAGGUGCAGCCGAUGGACAAACUGACAGAAGUAUUUGAGCGGAUGGAUAAAGGCAAACUGCAGGGAAGAGUGGUUCUCGACCUGAGCGGGUAG